CGCGUUUCGAUUUCCAAAGACGCCGCUGCUUUUCGAACUCCGAGGUGCUCUUUUUUUUUUUUUGCUUUUGGACCGCCGAGCGCGCCAUAGCUCCUCUCUGUCUCGUCUCCCGUAUGGAGUCAUCCUUUGUAAAAAAAAAGGGUGCCGCGUCGCCCUUUUCAUGCGAGAAGCUCCCUCCAGGAACAAGAAUCUCUCCCUUCAACAGAGCGCUUCUAACGUCUACGGGAUUGGCCUCUCUCGACAGUACGCCCGCCCCCUUUGAACGUUCUGUCCGCGUGUGACCUCUAUCCAGGUUGUUCUCUCUGUUUUCGAGUGCAACCAAAUCCGCGAGCCAGUGUUUUUUGUGCGCAUUUUCCCGAUCGCCGCAACGCGGACAGGCCUGACCUCUUUCGACGUCUGACGUGCUCCAGGCAUCCUCGGCGGUGGCCUCUGCGUCGGGAGCAUUCUCUUGAUCGAGGAGGACGCUUACGCGGCGCAUUUCGACCUGCUUCUCAAGUACCUCGCGGCCGAGGGUGCGGCGUGCAACCAGACGCUCUACGUGGCCUCUGCCUCAGCAGAUCGAGAAGAGGCAGACCAAUGGGUGAGGUCACUCCCCGUUGCGGCGUCGAGUGCCACACCGGUCGCGGCUGACGACCCGUUCUUCCGCAUUGCGUGGCAGUACCAAAAGUACAAUCGGCGUAAUCCGACGUCUUCUGUGUCGUGGUGCCACAAAUUCGACUGGUCCAGGAGCCUAAACGACGCGGGUCCGCACGGCCCCUCCUAUCACGCCUUUUGCCACCCGCUCACGCUGGAAAUUCAACUGCCCGAGCGACACCCGUACCUCUCUCUCUACAGCGACCUCAAAGAAAAAAUCGACUCAGCAAAUCGCUCGACCCUCGAAAACACAGAUUUGCGGGUACAACGCAUUCUCGUCCGAUCGAUCGGCAGCCACUGGGCGGCGUCCCCCGCCAGCUGCGAGACGGAGACGGUCACGUGGCUCCGCGCGCUAAGGGGACUGAUUCGCCGGUCUUCGGCGGUCGCCAUCGUUUCGUUUCCGGCGUAUUUGUGGCAGGGCGAUAGCAGGUCAAAAAACACAGAAUUUGUCAACCACGUCAGACACGCAGCGGACGUCGUCGUUCAGCUGAUCAGUUUUUCGGACGCAGACUCGCCUGUCAACCCGGCGUUCACUCCUUUCGACGGACUGCUCAAACUUGUCAAGACACCCAAAGUCGGCGUCGCCCACGUGGCCGCCAUUACGAGCUACACCUACAAGAUAACCAAGAAGGAAUUCCAGAUCGAAAAGAUAUGCCUGCCGCCCGAUGAAGCCACCCUCAACGAACAAGUUAAGGACCAACUCCUCAAGCGGGACAAAGGGCGCUCGACCCGAACCAUCGACUUCUGACUCCGCGCAGCGCGCAACACGUGCGUCCCUGUGACCGAAUCCUCGCUGUCGCGCAACGAGGCGCUUUUUCGGGGCGGCCACACCGCCCAAGGUCGCCAGCCGUGUGCCUCGCUCGAGCGGCGGGGGGGGGGGCGACUUUCUCGGGGCACCAUGAUGUCAUAUGUACACAUGUACAUAUGUGUGAACACAAAUUAGCCAGCGGACGUAGAACCCAUCCAUUUUUACUUGCGUCGCUACCUCGUUCAGUUGAGAGCUGAGCGCGGCGUGGAUUAGGGGUCUUCUCGCGAGCUAUGGAUCGCGUCUCAGAGAUUCCAAGCUCGAAUAAAGAGAGGAUGCAAGGUCCAACGUGUUGGUCGACUAAAGAAAAAACUCAGCACCUUUUUAUCUCGAGUGACCGUCUCUCGAUUCAUUAUCGCGGCAAGGCCCAGAACGACAACGAUAUAGGCAUAUCCUUUUGCAUGUUAUUGGUGGUACACGACGCCUUUCAUCACGUUCCCACGUCGUUGCACGAUUCGAAAAAGUUGCACAAUUCGCCAAGCGAACGCGCUUGUCAAAACGUAUAUUAUUUCUUUAACUGAGAGCUGUCUCCUGCAACGGAAACGUUCCAUUGCGAAUUGUGAAAAUAUAUACGUAGCCAGAGCGAACUUGCCGCUGCCAAACGACAUCGACAUAGCGUACUACGAAGUGCUCAUCUCAGUGCCAGUCGAGCCGUGCGACAUUUCCGUCGGCCUGUCAGGCAAGACAUUCAUCUUGCACGCACAUUCCGGAUGGAGUAGCAGCUCCUGUGGGUAUCACUCCUCUGGCGUUGUGUACUUUGAGAACGAUGUUUCGCCGCUGCAACUGCACUCCUUUACUAGCGGCGACGUGGUCGGGUGCGGCGUCAACUACUACAAGCAGAACAUCUUUUUCACGCUGAAUGGAAAGUAUUUAGGAGAUGUCCGAGACGUACUUCAAGUUUACUUCCCCACGGUUGGCAUUCACGCGCGGGGGAACAUGGUCAGGGCGAACUUCGGGGACAGCCCCUACAUGUUCGACCUCGAGGGCAUGAGGACGGAGCAGGAGAGGGUCAAGAACCUCGCGAUUGAUUCUUUUGUCUGCCCUUCUUUGGACUUUAUCGUGUACAACUAUUUGGCCUACUACGGGUAUGCGGACACGGCCAGCGCCUUCAAGUGCUCCAGGGGGCUGCCGGAUUCGGAGCCCGGGUCCUUCGACCACAGGCUCGAGCAGUCCUUGCCCACUCGCGCGCUCGUGCGAAGGUUGGUCAUGGACCGAGAGGCGAAGGCCUGCGCCGAAUUGAUUCGGUCUGAAUACCCGGACAUGUUGAACAGGAUAGAAGACGCCGAGUUCGGCUUAGAGGUUUUGGCGUAUUUGAACCACAUUCAAAAGCAGCAAAUUCAGGACGCCAUUUUGUUUUUGAAAAAGUUUAAAAAAUGCUACAACCCCAAAAACGCUAACACGGUCGACGCUUGCUGCGCUCUUCUGUGCUAUAGGGAUCCGAGCAAAUCGCCGCUGGCCUACAUGUUGUCGACGGAGGAGGCCGAGAGGAUCGCAGACAAGUUGAACGAGGCCAUUUUGGCGUUUUUGGGAGUUAUCGAAUCUCCGUUGAUCCCCGCGACUACGUGCGGGGGCGAGGCGAAGGGCGACGACAGGCCGCCGAACUCCUCUGUCCUCGGUCGCAUGUUGAACCGACUGAACGUCAUCAGGGCGAUGUUGAGGACGAAUAACCGCAGUGGGGAGAUUUUCAGCGUGCACGGCUUCUUGUGCAGAGCGUUGAAGGGCGGCGGGGAGGCAAUGUAAAUGUGGACCGUGGGCGGGGUAGU